CGUCGUAUGAUCGAUCUUGGAAAGUCGCGUAGCUGCUCGACUCUCACCAUGGACGUCAUCCCGUGUCGUGGCGCUAAGAUUUGCAGCCCAUUUGUAGCCGGUGAUGGCUGCAUUCACUACGUCUCUGCAGGCACGGGCGAGGUCUUCAAAUAUCAAGCUCCAGACAGUCACACGCCUGUUGUUUUCUCCGGCGGUGAGCCUUUCGGAGCCCAAUUCGACCACCGAGGACGUCUACACCUGGCUGACUGCGCCCAUGCAGCCAUCCUUCGGGUGGACGAUACCGCUCAGCCUGGAGUGAUGGUCAAGGCAUACGAAGAGCGAGCGUUCCGAGGCCCCAACGGUAUCGCGUUCGCACAGGACGACACGCUCUUCUUCACGGACAGCGGCCCCUUGGGCGAAACGACGCUCGAGAAGCCUCAAGGCAGCGUUUUCUGUAUCGCAUCGAGUCCGAGUGGUGGCCAGGUACUGCGUCCACUAGUGAUGGAGUGCCUCGCACAUCCAUGGGGGAUCGCAGUCUCUCCAGACACUGGCGCACUCUUUGUCGCGGAGACCAUGAAGAAUCGCAUUGUGCGACUGCGUCAACGACCCAACAAUGCCUACCACACCAGCAUCUUUCACCAGUUCUCAGGCGGAAUGGGGCCGUCAGGACUAGCUUGUGGGGCUGAUGGGGCUUUGUAUGUGGGGCAUUACGAUUUUUCAGGUAAUAUUUAUGCCACUGUCAGAAAAAUCACUGCAAGAUACGAUUAAGUAAACGUUUUAUUCAGGUGGGGGCGCUAGCAACGGGAAGAUUUCCAUUAUCGGAUUGGAUGGAAUUUUGAAGCAAACUAUGGAGAUUCCUGGCACAGAAAUAACAGGCCUCUGCCUAAGUGCUGAUGAAAGUUAUGUAAUAGUCGCUGAAGCGUCCACCAAUACAAUCCAUCGACUUCCGAUUCAGUGAUGACUGCUACGACGAACUGAUUUCACUGAGUUUGUCUCCUGGACUAGUCUCCCCGGAAAACAACUCUUUCAACAGAUUCUGAGCUGCUUGAGGAGUGUACUUUAGGUAUCUGGAAGCGUGCUUUCUGGAGAACUGGAUGACCGAGUAUCUAUCCACCAUGGAAUACACGCAAUACUAUGAGAUUGAGAAUGAAACAUGCAUAACGGCGAUGUGAUCACAUACUUUUCGUAGAAUGCCUUGUAUGAUGGGAUGAUUGUGUCGACUGCAGUGCGAAUCAAGUGCUGACGUAUA